CGUCGGAAAGAGCUCGUCAAGAAAUAUUCAUGCUCACCGACAGUGACAAAUCUCAUACCUCCCAUCUCCCAACUCCCGUUAUUCGUCUUCAUGUCUGCGUUGUUUUCACAUAUUGCACGUGGACCUACUCCGCUGGAUGAUGAAGCAUUCCUUACGCUCACUUCCUUGGCUCGGCCAGAUCCGACUGGUACAUUGCCUGUCGUGCUCGGGCUCAUGACGUUUGCGAACGUGGAGACGGCUAAGUGGUUUGUUGGUGCGGAACGUGCAGCGCGUACUGCAGCAAUCGAGGAACGACGAGAGAAGGAAGACGCUCGAGUACGAGAGGAAGGCGGUACUAUCAGGGCAAGACUUGGGAACGUCGUACCAAGCGGCCUUCGCGUUCUUUCUGUGUUCAGAAUUGUCGUCGGUAUCAUGGUAGAUGGGUCUGUGCUCGUGUAUUGGCUUUCGUCUGCGACUUUCGGAUUGAUCCAAUCUUGGGUCUUUAAUUGGUGGGAUGCACGACGAGCGGCAAGGCAAACGCUGCUUGCUGCUCAGUUACCUCAGCAAAACACCCGCAGACAGCCCUCUCCUCACUUCCCGAUGCCCAAGCCAAAGAAACUGAAACGUCGGGUAGUGUAA